UCAAUGUAUAUGCGAUCCUAUCUGUCUCUCCAGCUUCUAUUUCGCUAGCAUCAUCAUAUCGGCUGAAACACGAAACAUAACAUUAAAAAGUCACCUGAUCUCUCUCUUUCUCUCUAUCUAUUCUACAAACUUCCUCUUUGACAGAUUUGAAUUAAAUGGAAGAGGAUCGAAAAGAGAAGAACUCUCCGUGGCUAUCUGUGCCACAGUUUGGUGAUUGGGAUCAAAAGGGAGGAGGAGGAGGAGCAAUGCCUGAUUAUUCGAUGGAUUUCACCAAGAUUAGGGAGAUGAGGAAACAGAACAAAAGAGACCCUUCUCUAGCAAGUUUUGGCAACGAAGAAGAGCUCACUAAACCACCCGUGUCAGCAAAACCAACCGCUAAACUCACCACGGUCCAUAGUGAAAACCAACGACACUUCUCUCCUGACCACCAUCACCAACCACAUUCCCCUUCUGCGAGGAGAAGCAUCUUCAGCUGCUUCAACUGCUGCGUAAAAGCUUGAACGAUUUAAUUCUCUAUCAAUAUAUAUUGACUUGUCACUCAAAUAUGUAAAAUGUAUGUUGAUGAAUCUUUCUUUUAUAUAUGUUUGAAUCCAUCUCUGUCUCUCUGUUUUACUAUAUGCACAUAGCUCUAUUACAAGAGGAA